AUAAAGUCAUUUUGAAUAAAAUAAUAACGUGUCAGUUUGUUACUUUCCCGAAGUUGGAGUAAUAACAUGUUCAAAUACUUAAUUCAUUGUCUCGAAUCUAGGUUUUGGCUUUAGAUUUCGAGAAAAUGUACAACUAAGGAAUCAUUUUUCACUUCUGACUUCUCAAACCCCGAAUCACGGCAUCGACUUCCUACAGUCUUCUUCCCAGCGGUCCCGGUAGACUCGGGAUGUUGCGUAUGGGUUUAGGAAUUCUGGUUAUGUAAUUUCCUCAUGAAGUUGAAAGUAAGUUUGCAGGCGAAUGCACUUACAAAAUGGAUGUUGAAACUGUGGCGCACAUUUCUCGGCAACAUUAGAAGUCUGGUAAAAGUAUUGAUUUGAAGGAAAGACGAGCAGAUUCUGGGGUCAGUUCUCUAAAAUGAGUCUCUCUGGGGAGAGAGAUGAGGGGGACCCUGCCUCUAAAAUGAGUCUCUCUGGGGAGAGAGAGGAGGGGGACCCUGCCUCAAAAAUGAGACUAUCUGGGGAGAGAGAGGGAGGACCUGACACCAAAGCUAAGAGACCAAUCAAGCAGGAGAGACCAGCCUCCCCUGUUCCCAGCUGUGUGUCCAUGAAGAGUGACAAGUCUAUGGAUCUACCUAUAUUCUUUAGAGAGGGAGACUUUUCUACUGAACAAAGAAACCAACAGGAGAGAUCAGAGUCAGAGAUUCUCAGUGGUCAGUCUUCCCAGAGUCAUCUAACAGACCUGGCCUCCAUAUUCAGUAUGCUUGAAGAGAAAAUUCUGACAUUUGUGAAGAACGAGCUGAAGAUGUUCAAGAGGAUUCUUAGUCCAGAACUCCCAGAAGGCUUUGAGAGUCAGAAGCAGGAUAAGGAAGUGGUGGACGCUGAAGAUGAGAAGCAGGAGAGCAAUGCCAGAGAGGGGGCUCUGAAGAUCACACUGCACGUCCUGAGGAAAAUGAACCAGAAGGAGCUUGCUGACACACUGGAGAAAUAUGAGCUCGCUGAGAUUUGCCAACGUGAACUCAAAUCUAAUCUAAAGAAGAAGUUUCAAUGUGUAUUUGAGGGGAUCGCUAAACAAGGAAACCCAACACUUCUCAAUAAGAUCUACACAGAGCUCUACAUCACAGAGGGUGGAACAGGAGAGGUCAAUAAUGAACAUGAGCUGAGACAGAUUGAGACAACAACCAGGAAACAAGCAAGACCAGAGACUGCAAUCAAAUGUAACGACAUCUUCAAACCCUUAACUGGACAAGACAAACCUAUCAGAACUGUGCUGACAAAGGGAGUCGCUGGCAUUGGAAAAACAGUCUCUGUGCAGAAGUUCAUUCUGGACUGGGCUGAAGGAAAAGCAAAUCAGGAUGUCCAAUUUGUAUUUUCAUUCCCUUUUCGGGAGCUGAAUUUGAUGAAAAAGGACAAACACACUUUCAUUGAACUUCUUAAUCACUUCUCAAUGGAAACCAAACAAUCAAUAAUCUCCAACUACAACAAGUACAAAGUUCUGUUCAUCUUUGAUGGUCUGGAUGAGUGCCGACUGCCCCUAGACUUCCAGAAGAACAAGAUCUGUUGGGACGUCACAGAGUCAACCUCAGUGGAUGUUCUGCUGACAAAUCUCAUCAAGGGAAAUCUCCUUCCCUCUGCUCUCAUUUGGAUAACUACCCGACCUGCAGCAGCCAAUAAGAUCCCUUCAGGGUGUGUUGACCAGGUGACAGAGGUACGAGGGUUCAAUGACCCACAGAAGGAGGAGUACUUCAGGAAGAGAUUCAGUGAUGAGGACCUGGCCAGCAGAAUCAUCUCACACAUAAAGACAUCAAGGAGCCUCCACAUCAUGUGCCACAUUCCAGUCUUCUGUUGGAUUUCUGCAACAGUCCUUGAACACAUGCUGAAACAUAAGAGAGAAGAGAUGCCCAAGACUCUGACUGAGAUGUACACACACCUUGUGGUGUUUCAUACCAAACAGAAGAAUGAAAAGUAUCUUGGGAAAGAAGAGACAGGUCCACACUGGAAUGAAGAGAGCAUUCUGUCACUGGGAAAACUGGCUUUUCAACAGCUUGUGAAGGGCAAUCUGAUUUUCUAUGAAGAAGACCUGAAAGAGGCUGGCAUUGAUGUCAAUGAAGCCUCAGUGUACUCAGGAUUGUGCACACAGAUCUUUAAAGAGGAAUGUGGGCUGUACCAGGACAAGGUGUACUGCUUUGUUCAUCUGAGCAUUCAGGAGUUUCUGGCUGCUGUAUAUGUGUUCCUCUCAUUCAUCAACAACAAUGAGAAUCUAAUGGACAAACUGCAAACAAACGACAAGCCUGAAGUUACUUUCUACAAGAGUGCUGUGGAUAAAGCCUUACAAAGUGAGACAGGAAACCUGGACCUUUUCCUCCGCUUCCUUCUGGGCCUCUCACUGGAGUCCAAUCAGAAGCACUUACGAGGUCUACUGACAAAGACAAGAAGCAGCUCACAGAGCCAUGAAGAAACAGUCAAGUACAUCAAGGAGAAGAUCAGGGAGAAUCCCUCUCAAGAGAGGAGCAUCAAUCUGUUCCACUGUCUGAAUGAACUGAAUGACCAUUCUCUAGUGGAGGAGAUCCAAAGAUACCUGAGAUCAGGAAGUCUCUCAAAACCCAACCUGUCACCUGCACAGUGGUCAGCUCUGGUCUUUGUGUUGCUGACUUCAGAAAAGGAGCUGGAUGUGUUUGACCUGAAGAAAUACUCCAGAUCAGAGGAAGGUCUUCUGAGGCUGCUGCCAGUGGUCAAAGCCUCCAGAGCUGCUCUGCUGUCAGGCUGUGGAGUCACAGAGGAAGGCUGUGCUUCUCUGGUCUCAGCUCUGAGGUCAAACCCCUCACACCUGAGAGAGCUGGAUCUGAGUAACAAUGACCUGCAGGAUUCAGGAGUGAAGCUGCUCUCUGAUGGACUGGGGAAUCCCCACUGUAAACUGGAGACUCUGAGGCUGUCAGGCUGUCUAGUCACAGAGGAAGGCUGUGCUUCUCUGGUCUCAGCUCUGAGGUCAAACCCCUCACACCUGAGAGAGCUGGACCUGAGCUACAAUCACCCAGGAGACUCAGGAGUCAGACUGCUCUCUGCUGGACUGGAGGAUCCACACUGCAGACUGGAGAAACUCAAUGUGGAACAUGGUGGAGAGAACAGAAUGAAACCUGGACUUAGAAAAUAUGUCUGUGAUCUCACACUGGACCUAAACACAGUAAACAGACGCCUCUCUCUGUCUGAGGGGAACAGAAAGGUGACAUGGGGGGCAGAGAAGCAGCCGUAUCCUGAUCACCCAGAGAGAUUUGAGGACUGUAGACAGGUGCUGUGUAGAGAGGGUCUGACUGGGCGCUGUUACUGGGAGGUAGAGAGGAGUGGGAGAAGGGCUGAUAUAGGAGUGACAUAUAAAGGAAUCAGCAGGAGAGGAGGGCUUAAUGACUGUUGUUUUGGAUACAAUGACAAGUCCUGGAGUCUGUUCUGCUAUGACAACAGUUACACUGCCAGGCACAAUAAUAACUCCACUACCAUAGACGUCCCCUCCUCCAGCUCCCACAGAGUAGGAGUGUAUCUGGACUGGUCAGCUGGAACUCUGUCCUUCUAUAGAGCCUCCUCUGACACACUGACCCACCUGAUCACAUUCACCUCCACAUUCACUGAGCCCCUCUAUCCAGGGUUUUGGGUUCAUGUUGACUCCUCAGUGUCCCUCUGUCAGUGAUACACACACACACACUGGACAAUCACACACACACACACACUGGGAAAACACACACACACACACACACACACACAC